GCAGAAGCACGGUUGCACGGGUACGCUUUCGCAUUUUUUUUCCGGAAUAACGUAAUAAUACCGGCUGGUAAUCAUGGGAAUACCAGUGAAAAAUAAUUGAAAAACGAUUAUUUGCGUUUAAUUUAAUGGUCAGUGUAUUGAUUCUGAUCGGCUCCAGUGUUUUGUGUGUGUAUUUAUACGUCAGCGAUUUGGUCGCGAAAACAGAUGUUCUAGUGUCGAAGGAAGCGUAUAAUGUGCAAGAGUUUGUGUGAUAAUUUCAAAUAUGGAAGUGUAUAAAAAAUUGUUUUGGAUGAUACUACAAACUUUUAUUCUGCUGCCUACUAUUGAUAUGAAAGACUCGUACGUGAUAAACAAGAAUAUAGACGUCCCACAAUUUGAACGGCCUAUAGGAAACCACACAUUCUACAUCGGCAGAGAAGCAGUCCUCGACUGUUCAGUCAUAAACUUGGGGAAACACAAGGUGGGAUGGUUAAGGGCGGCUGACCAGACCAUCCUGACAAUGCAAGACCGUUCGAUUCUCGGGUCCCGAUACUCCGUCAACCGGGAUGACCCUACCACCUGGCAGUUGAGGAUCCGCCCUUUGAGAGCUGAAGACAGAGGGUGCUACAUGUGUCAGAUCAACACCCAGCCCAGCAUGAAGUGGCAGAUCGGCUGCAUUGAUGUUUAUGUGCCACCAGACAUCAUAAAUGACGACACAUCAGCGGACGUCUCUGCGCAGGAGUUGGACAACGUGACCCUGGUCUGCAAGGCGAGUGGACACCCCCCGCCGAAGAUCACGUGGAGAAGAGAAGACAAUGAACCUUUGUUGCUGAAAAAGGCCGGAGGAAGGGACUUUUACAAAGUGCACAAUUACGUGGGCAGUUCGCUUACUCUGUGGCGCGUGGACCGAAGGCAGAUGGGCGCGUUUCUAUGUAUAGCGUCCAAUGACGUCCCCCCGACUGUCAGUAAGAGAAUCACCCUUAGUGUCAAUUUUUCACCUACAGUGACAGUGAGAUAUCAGCUGUUAGGUGCACUUUUGGGUACGGACGUGUACCUGGAAUGCACAGUGGAAGCGUAUCCUAAUACUAUCAACUAUUGGCUCAAAAACCGAGGGGAGAUGUUAUUGGAUGGGCCAAAAUACACAAUAAGUGAGGAGAGAUCCACGUACAAUGUUUCCAUGACGCUGGUUGUAAGAGAUUUUAGCAAAAGUGAUAUCGGGACUUACAACUGUGUCAGCACUAAUUCCUUAGGCAAGAGCGAGGGGACCCUUCGCCUGUAUGAAAUUAAAAUGUACUCAAGUGAGGAAUCAGAGGCUGAAAUAAAUGUUGGCGGUCUCACAGAAGGAGCGGUUAAACAGAAGUCUCAAAUUAGUGAUGCAGAAAAUAUUAAUUCUGGGACUUUCCUUGUCAUAUUAUUGUUCAUUGUUCUUAUUGUCUAAAUAAUUACACUCAAGUCAAAAUACUUAACGUGCAGUCUCUAUAUAACCAAUAUGAAAUAUACUAGGAAUGUAUAAAUGUAUCUGUUCAAGCACUUUGAAAUAUGUUACGGGAAAUUUACAGAAACAAAAGCAACUAAAACUUCACUCUCCCUGUACUUAUUUAGAACUGUAUAUUUUCUAUAAAACAAUUACCAUUAAAAUUAUAUACAAUUGUAAUUAAUUGUUCUUAAACUCGUCUGACGAUCGUCACUUUUUUAUUUACGUUCUAUCCGAUAAAUUUUUUUCUGUGGCCAGAAACAAAACAUAAAAAGGUUACUUAUAUUCUAGACAGUAUAUGAAAAUUAACGAUGUGAAUAAAAACAUGUAUUGUGAUAUUUGAUAUCAAUUAUUAACAGCUAAA